AUGCCUGCAACGCUGGAAGACCCGACUGCGCCCGUCAUCUUGCGAACGUCGGGCAACCUGCCAUACCCGCCGCCCGGUGGCCCUUUGCCUGUCGGCGUCGCUCCUCGUCAGGUGACUUUGCGAGAUCGUGUCACGGUUGCCACCGUCAUACCGUUUUCCGCCCCUAACCAAGUCCCUAUAACCCUACUGGCCUACCUUUGCGACCAGCUAGGCCGCGAGAUCGAAAAAGGCGACACCUACCCCAUCGUCGAUCCGCUUCCGCUCGACAACUUCGGUCCCUACUGGUUCGGUGUCUUCGGAGCCAUCGUCUUGCUCGGUGAGGUACACGAUGGACGCCAGAUACACGACAUGGCCCGUAACGGUUGCGAUUGGGAGAGGGAAUGCCUCGGCAGCUUCUACAUCAAGCCCAACUACCCGGGCCGCUCAAGCCAUGUGUGCAAUGGCGGCUUCUUGGUCACCGACGCAUCACGGAACCGUGGCGUCGGUCGUCUAAUGGGUGAGAUAUAUCUAGACUGGGCCCCCAAAUUGGGUUACACCUAUUCCGUCUUCAACCUCGUCUAUGAGACCAACGUUGCUUCCUGUCGAAUCUGGGAUGCACUAGGCUUCAAGCGACUUGGCCGCGUCAAAGGCUGUGGCAAUCUCAAGUCCUAUCCGGGCGAACUUGUCGAUGCCAUCAUAUAUGGUAGAGACCUCGGUCAAGACGAUGACUUUGUCUCGGAAGAACGCUUCGACAAGAUUCGCUUUUACCUCAAGAAUGGAAAGUAUCCACACGGCGCAGAUAGAGCGGAGAAGAGUCGGCUGCGUAGUGCUGCAACCCACUACAAGCUCUAUCCCGCCAGCUCAGCAGGGCCAGAACGACUGAUGCUGAAGGGCAAAGAGGUGAUUUCAGAUCCUCAGCGGCAAUACGAGAUCGCCCGCGAUGUGCACCACAAAGCCCACGGAGGCAUCAAUAAAACCACAGCUACGAUAGCCGAGUCAUUCCACUGGGUACGCAUCAAAGAAACUGUAAGCCAGGUCAUCCGCAACUGCCCGGAGUGCAGCGAGAUGAACAAAGGUCUUGCCAUCGAGAGAUUACGGACUGGACAGCCUACACGAUGGGCAACACAGCUACAACAAGAGUCGGUCGACUCUCAAACAACACCUCCGCUACCCCAACAAUUUGCACCACCUACGCCACCCCGACCACUUGAGCGAUCUAAUUCGCCCAGUACCCAGCUUCAGAUGGAGGCAGCAGCAACACACCAAGACUUCUACGACUUUAGCGGUCAACACAGCAACUUCGAUCUGCCUGUUGACCCUGCACUCAUGAAUGGCGUAACGCCUUCGCUGAACCUGGAGAAUCUACCGCCGUCACCGUUCCUCAACGCAAGCCACAAUGUUGGUCAGCCCCUGACACAAAUACCGAAUAUGGAUCUGCCAGCAACGGACGUGCCUGGACUUGACGCGCGAACGAUGGACGGUGUGACUAUGAAUGGUACCGUGGAGCGAGCGCCUACCGCCCGUGAAGAGCUCCGCCGACGAUUGACGCGAGCCGGGUACGCGAAACAAUCAAGCGCUUGA